UUUGACAUCGAGCUCCAGAGGCGAUGGAACAAAGCUAUGGAGUCGGGGGUGUUCCGCUACGGUAUUGAUCACAUUGUCACCAAAAUCAUACCUGGCUCCAAGCAAUAUGUUGGCCAGUUGAACACAUUACGAGCUACAGAGAGAAGAGUGCCCCAGGAAAUCUCAAGCGUCAACCAGCCUUUCAACAAACAGGCCUUUUGCUUCACCAUGGUCAAACCACAGGAGGUGAUCUUCACCCUUCAGAAUGUGACCCCACACAGGUCAGCAGAGAGGUCAGGACCCCACACAGGUCAGCAGAGGUCGGGACCCCACACAGGUCAGCAGAGAUCGGGACCUCACACAGACGAAGCCACACGGGACGAGAGGCACAUGGUGAUUGUCAAUGUCAGCCCCAUGGAGUACGGUCACUGUCUGCUGGUGCCUCAAAUCGACUCCCACAGACCUCAGGUUCUGACACAGACCGGCAUACAGGUUGCUAUAGAGACGAUGCUACUUAGCGGACACAGGGGUUUGAGGAUGGGCUUCAACAGUCUGUGUGCCUUUGCUUCCGUCAACCACCUUCAUUUUCACCUGUACUACCUGGAGCAGGAGCUUAUCGUUGACUACCACCCCGUGCGACAUCUUGGCGGCAGAUACUUUGAAUUCACGGGUCUGCCUUGUCCAGGAUUUGCUCUACAGUUGUACGGCACCACUGUCUCUGAAAUGGCCAGCUAUAGGUCAUCAAAGACAUCAUGGCCAGCUAUAGACCAUCAAAGACAUCAUGGCCAGCUAUAG